UUUGGUUGAUUUUAGUGCAUUUACAAGAAUAAUGCCUCUUCCCUGAUGGUUUCCAUUACAACUGUAACACACGCAGAUUUAACACAUGGAUGUGAGUGUGUUAGGAUGGAUAAGUGAGAGAAGCCCCGCCCACCGGGCAGCCAGCAGAUGACGUGAGGCGGCACCGGUGGCUCCGUCAGCCCAUCAGCUCCCGUCUCUCACCCUGCUCUUCACUCCUCUGCUCUCCACAGUAUGAUAUCUGAGGGACCAUUCUGCACCGGAUAGUUCUGUCUCCACAGCGAACAUGAAUGAGAUCAAGAUCGCUGUGCUGGGCAGUGAAGGGGUCGGAAAAUCAGCUCUCAUCGUCCGGUUCCUCACCAGGCGCUUUAUCGGCGAGUACGCGUCCUCUUCAGAGUGCAUAUACAGAAAGCGUCUGUCUGUGGACGGGAAGCAGAUGAACCUUGAGCUCUAUGACCCAUGUUCUCAGGCCUGUGAGGGCAAGUCUACUGUAAACAACCAGAUCCACUGGGCUGAUGGUUUCGUUGUGGUCUAUGAUAUCAGUGACCACUCCUCCUUCCUCACUGCCAAAGCUAUAAUGCACCUAAUCAGAGAGCUCCACCUGGGACCUGCCAAAAGGAGCGCAGACCCGCUCAUAUUCCUGGUGGGCAACAAACAGGACCUGUGCCACAUGAGAGAAGUGCGGCGUGAAGAGGGUCAGUGUCUGGCUUCCGAGUUUCACUGCCAGUUCUACGAGCUGUCAGCUGCUGAGCACCACCAGGAGGUGGCGCUCAUAUUCUUCAAGAUGGUGCAAAGUGCCAGCUUGGGCAGCAAGGCCAAGGAGCGCAGGAGACGCCCCAGUGGCUCCAAGUCCAUGGCCAAACUCAUCAACAACGUCUUUGGCAAAAGGAGGAAAUCAGUGUGAAGUGUCAAAUACAAGGACAGCUGUCUGUCAAAGCUGGACAAAUGGCAUUGGACUGAACACACCUAUUGGCUUGGCUUUGUGACUUUGAUUGUGAUUGGUGUUGCUGUUGAUUAAACUGACGUCUGUAUGUACAAAGAGGUAUUAGUGUAUAUAAUAUUAGUACACAGCAUGUACCAUCUGAGCCUACUUGCCUCUUAUGUCCACUAAUUUGUAUAUUUACUCUUAAAAUCGAAAUGAAAUGAAAAAUGCUUUUUUUAAAAACCCUUUAAGAUCAUAUCCCCAUUAUAUUCUGCACCAAUUCAACAAUAUACCAUAUGUACAUAUUCAAAAAAUCUAGUUCUUUGUAUUCUAAAUCCAAUCAGGUUUUCCUCCUGUAAAACAAAAUGUGUGCUUAUAUAAGCCAUUACCAUCCAGUUCCAUGCAAAAAUAUUAUGACAUCUAUCAUCAAUCCAGGGUUACCAACUUUGGUCAGAGGGCCGGAGUGAGAUUUUACCUUGUGACAUAAUAUCUGCUUGUGCGUGCGUGGUCAUGAAAAGACGUGGAAGAAAGAAGAAACGAGUGUACGUUUACAUAUUCAUAUCUAUAGGCCUAAACCCCACAUAUGUGCAUAGCUGCUCAAUAUUUGUUUUAUGGCGCAAAUCAAGGUCAGUUUCAUCAAUCUGAUGGUAGUUUUGAUCAUCUGCUUAAAAAAUCCAGUAAUGUAUCCUGUUGUGAAAAAAAGAAAGAUUUCAAGGGGGGUUCUCCCCCAAGAAAAUGUUUAAAGUUCACACAGCGAAAUCCUAUUUUCAUGCAGUUUCAUACAGAAAUAGAUAAAUUCAAGGACUUUCGAUGACCUGUGUACAUUUAUGCAUAUUUUCAAAAACUUUCCAGGGCCUUGAAAUGAUUUUUUCUAAUUCACAAACUUUAAAGGAUUUCAAAGACCCGUGGGAACCCUGUUGAUUUAUCAUGUUUUAUGUGGCCUUUUGAGACUCCGUCAUAAAACAUGCUAAAUGUUUAGCAUCUGUGAGCCCCAGGAGAAAAAUGUAGGCCUUAGGUUUACAAAUAAGUUUAAGUAAGAAAACCCAAUGUAAACUGCCAUUUAUUUCAUCUGCUAAAGAAUGUAAUUUAAGGCCAGGAAUGAUCAUGGCAUGUAACUAUACAUGAGCAGGUAAUUACCUGGAGUUUUGUAUGCACGGUAUGCAAUUCUGUAUAACGCUAGGGCCACACCGCCCGCGGAAGCGCUGCGAAUAGCCUCGAAGCGCAGAGAAGAGAAGGCAGUUUCCUUUCGGCGCCCAUGUUAACCGACUGUGUCGUCCACACUGGCCGCGCCGUGCCGGGAAGCUCACGAUUUGCAGCGAUCAGUUCGGCGUCUGGUCUAUUUUCUGCCCGAGCCGCGAGCGAAUCUGACAAGCCAGGCAGUGAAAAACAAGAGCUGGGAGCAGAAUCGCUUGUCGACGGUGUGGGGAAAUGCGCGUCUGAUGUGAACGGAGGUGCUCCGGCGCGCGCAAGAAUUUCGGUGCGCUGCGCUUCCGCGGGCAGUGUGGCCCUGGCGUAAUAAGUUCAUGCCAUAACUCAGCAUUAACCAAUUAAUGUAAAAUGAUAUGCUGUUCCCAUGUUUGUCCAUUAGAUGGCUGUAGAAGGCAAUGAGUGAACUUAAAGCACUACUCUGGCGUUAUUCAAUCCAUCCAUAGAUCUGUUGUCUUAAGUCACGGAUUGCUGUCUAUAGAAAAAAACAACAAAAUUUGUAGGAGACUAGGGGAAGGACGAUGAAGUUCAGGGUAGCCCCACGAGACCUAAACUUGCUUUCUGAGAAUAUUAUGCGGUCUGGUCAAGUCACACAAUGGGCUGGACAUUAAAAAAGAAAAAAGAAAAAAAAAAAAAAAAAAAGACUCGGCGACAGUGGAGUGAGAUUUCUUAAACGGGCCUGAGAGCGUGACAUUGAUGGUGAAAGAGUGACAGUCACACCAGAUGGUGAGAGUUGGCAACCCUGUCAAUCACUGCAACUUUUAGCCACACUGUGCUAAGAUUACAUUAGCUAGCUAGCGAUGGGAUGCUACGUCGGUCUCUUCGCCCCCCUGCUGCAGGUACAGUGGCAUGCAAAACUUUGGGCUCCCCUGGUCAAAACUUGUGUAACUGUGAGUAGGUAAGUAAGUAGAAGAUGAACUGAUCUCCAAAAGCAUGCAGUUAAAGAUGACGCAUUUCUUCAACAUUUCAAGCAAGAUCACCAUUUAAUUUCAAUCUUUUACAUUAUCAGUACUUAGUAGCACCCCCUUUGGCAAGUAUCACAGCUUCUAAAUGCUUUUUGUAUCCAGCUAAGAGUCUUUAAUGUUUUGUUUGGGGGAUUUUCACCCAUUCUUCCUGCAAAAGGCUUCUAGUUCUGUGAGAUUCUUGGGUCGUCUUGCAUGCACUGCUCUUUUGAGGUCUAUCCACAGAUUUAUGAUGAUGUUUAGGUCCGGGGACUGUGAGGUCCGUGGCAAAACCUUCAGCUUGCUCAUCUUGAGGUAGUCCAUUGUGGAUUUCAAGGUGUGUUUAGGAUCAUUGUCCUGUUGUAGAAGCCAUCCUCUCUUCUUUCUAGCAAUCCUACAAUUACAGUAUGAACUGAGGAAACAGCUACCUGGAAACACUUUGCUAUCUUCUUAUAGUCUUCUCCUGCUUUGUGGGCAUCAGUUAUUUUCAGAGUGCUUGGCAGCUGUUUAGCGGAGCCCAUGGCUGCUGAUUGCUGGGACAAGGUUUCAGGAGUCAGAGUAUUUAUAAAGCUUUGAAAUUUGCAGCACCUGGCCUUUCCUAAAGAUGACUGUGAACAAGCCAUAGCCCCAACAAGCUAAUUAAGGUCAGAGACCCUGGUAAAAGUUGUCUGAGAGCUCAGAUGUCUUGGUCAAUCCAAACUUUUGCAUGGUGCUCCUUUAAUUUUUUCACUCUAUUGUACAAAACAAAAAUAAUACACUGAUCUUGCUUGAAAUGUUGAAAAGCAUGUUUCAUCUUCAUGCCCUUUGGAGAUCAGUUCAUCUUCUACUUACUUACCUAUUCGCAGUAAACAAAAUUUUGACCAGGGGUGCCCGAACUGUUGCAACUGUACAUGCUGUCUUACAUUCAUUAACACUCUUUAGAAUUAACUUUUAUUUUUAAUGAAAACAUUGUUGUAAUGUUUGUAUCUGAAUAAACACAGUGUGACCUGGGCAAAACUAGAAUUCCAAC